AUGAAUCCAUCCAUAUCAACAUGCAUUAACACAACCACCUUUAAACAGUCUCAUCGAAAAUUUGAGGCCCCACGAAACGGUUCACUUGGAUUCUUACCACGAAAGCGUGCACGCAGACAUCGUGGUAAGGUCAAGUCCUUCCCAAAGGAUGACAAAAAGAAACCAGUGCAUCUGACCGCUUUUAUGGGAUACAAGGCGGGCAUGACCCAUGUUGUUCGAGACUUGGAUCGACCCGGAUCAAAGAUGCACAAGAAGGAAAUCGUAGAGGCCGUAACUAUCAUAGAAACUCCUCCAAUAGUAGUCGUCGGAGCUGUUGGCUAUGUAGAGACUCCUCGUGGCCUUCGUACGCUAACGACUGUCUGGGCCGAGCAUUUGUCAGAUGAAUUGAGACGCCGCUUCUACAAGAAUUGGUACAAGUCCAAGAAGAAGGCCUUUACUAAAUACGCUAAAAAGUACGCAGAUGGUGUAAAGCCAAUUGACCAGGAACUGGCUAGGAUCAAGAAAUAUUGCCAAGUUGUGCGUGUGCUUGUCCAUACGCAAAUUUCCAAGGUGCACAUCAAACAGAAGAAGGCACACUUGAUGGAGAUUCAAUUGAAUGGAGGCACAGUCGCAGACAAGGUUGAGUGGGCUAAGAAGAAUUUCGAGAAGAAAAUUGAUAUUAAAUCGGUAUUUGAACAAGACGAGAACAUCGAUGUUAUCGGAGUGACGAAAGGAAAAGGAUUUGAAGGUGUUACGCACAGAUGGGGUACUAAGAAGUUGCCGAGAAAGACGCACAAGGGUCUUCGUAAGGUUGCUUGUAUUGGUGCUUGGCAUCCGUCAAGAGUGAUGUAUUCUGUUCCACGUGCUGGUCAAAAUGGAUAUCAUCAUCGAACAGAGAUCAAUAAGAAGAUAUACCAUAUUGGUAUAGGUGAAGAUAAAGCUAAUGCGUCAACCGAAUACGAUCAGACAGAAAAGACGAUUACUCCUCUUGGAGGAUUCCCCCAUUAUGGUAUCGUGAACGAAGAUUACAUCAUGAUUAAGGGAGCGUGCGUCGGUGUUAAGAAGCGUGUCUUAACGCUAAGAAAGUCUCUCGUCAUUCAUAGCAAGCGAUCCGCUUUAGAGAAAGUUUCACUCAAGUUCAUCGACACGAGUUCGAAAUUUGGACAUGGCCGUUUCCAAACAGCUCAAGAGAAGCAUGCCUUUUUGGGAACCCUCAAGAAAGACGUUACCGCCGCUUAG